GUCAAAUUGUCAAAACUUCGCGCUUAUUUAUCAAUGUAUGCUGUUGUGAUAUUAGGUUAAGAGUAUCAUUAUUAUUUAAGUAUUUUCUGAAUCAUGAUGCUAUUUUAAUUAAUGAAAAUGGAUAAAGGAGAAACAUUUUUAUCGUGUGCAGUGACCGCCGAAUGGACUACACCAGAAGGUUCGAUUAUUAGAAAAGUAAAUCAUAAGACUGCUUCUUUGCGACUGAUACGAAACGAAUUUCGUGAGAUGUUCAUGGAGAUAACUACAGAUAAACAUGCCGCAAUUCGAUUAGGUUUAAAAGGUAUCAAUGUUUUUAAAAAGUUUAUGGCUGAAGGAAAAGCUAGUAUUAAGUUCCAAGAGGUUGGUUGUACAUUAUUUCUUUCAAACGCACCUCCAACGAACCUCGUUUCCUUUCUUCGAACGAUGUUUGUCAAGAUGACUGGAGAUAAGGAUAAUCAUUCAACUACUUCUAAACAAACUAUGAGAACAAAAUUACUAAGUGGUAAGGCUCAAGCUUUUGAAGAAAUUAGUCCAGUAACUGUGGCUGAUAUGCGUAAUGCUAAAAAUAAGAUCAGUAAGGCCACAGUCACAACUCCAUCGCCUCCAAGAAAGCGAAAAGCUCAGGAGGAAACUAGAGGUCCUGCACCUAAAAAAUUAUAUUCACCAUCACCUCUGUCCAGUCAGGGUACAUUAAACAGUGAACAACAGAGGGUAUUAGAAGCUUGUGUUAGUGGUAAAAACAUAUUCUUCACUGGUUCAGCUGGCACCGGCAAAAGUUAUCUAUUAAAAAGAAUUGUAACUGCUUUGCCACCCGAUGUUACAGUCGCCACUGCAUCUACAGGUGUUGCAGCUUGUCAUAUAGGUGGAACAACUCUUCAUGCUUUUGCUGGUAUAGGCGAUGGCAGUGGGUCUUUAGAAAAUCUCUGUCAGAAAGCAACUAAAUUACCACUAGUUGCUCAAAAAUGGAGAAAAUGCAAGCAUCUCAUAAUAGAUGAAAUCUCAAUGGUUGAUGGGGCAUUUUUUGAGAAACUUGAAGCAGUCGCUAGAUAUGUGAGGAAAAAUGAUAAGCCAUUUGGUGGCAUACAAUUGAUACUAUGCGGUGACUUUUUGCAACUACCUCCAGUUGUUGACAAGAGCAAAAAUGCAAAGAAAUUUUGCUUCCAAUCUCCAUGCUGGGAUAAAUGUAUUGAGCUCUGUUUUGAACUCAAGGAAAUACACAGACAGACUGAUCAAGAAUUUAUAACUAUAUUAAAUAGCAUAAGAAUAGGUCGUGUUACAAAGGAAAUUAGUGAUCGUUUGUUAGGGACGGCUAGACAAAAAAUUGAAAGUGAUGGAAUACUAGCUACAAGGUUGUGUUCACAUACUAAUGAUUCUAAAAUGAUAAACAAUUCAAAACUAAGAGAUCUCAAAGGAGAUGAGAAAAUAUUUGCUUCACAAGACAGUGAUAAUGCAACAAAUAUGUUGGACAACCAAACUAUUGCACCUUCAAAAUUAGUACUUAAAAUAGGAGCACAAGUGAUGCUUUUGAAGAACAUAAAUGUGAAUGCAGGUUUAGUUAAUGGUGCCAGAGGUGUUGUAGUCAGAUUUGAUGAAGGACUACCUGUAGUAAGAUUUAAAAAUAAAAAGGAAUAUACUGCUAAAGCAGAAAGAUGGUAUGUUAAAAACUCAAGUGGGACAUUGUUGUGUAGGCAACAGAUUCCAUUGAAUCUAGCUUGGGCUUUCUCUAUCCACAAAUCACAAGGUUUAACUUUAGAUUGUGUAGAAAUGUCUUUAUCAAAGAUUUUUGAAGCAGGACAAGCUUAUGUAGCUCUGAGUAGAGCACAAAGUCUAGAUACAUUGCGAGUGCUAGAUUUUGAUUCUAGACAUGUAUGGGCUGAUCCAAAUGUCCUGGAAUUUUACCAAAGAUUCAGGCGACGUCUACAGCACAUGGAAAUCAUACCCCUGGGCAGACCAUUGUCUGAUAAGACAAAUAAAAAAUUGAAACUUAGAGAAAUUUUACAAAAACAAAUGACUAGGAAAUAAUGAAAUAAGUAACAAUAGUUUUUAGGUCAAUUUUACUUUAAUUUGACAGCUACAAUAAAACACUAAACACGUAAAUUAUGAUAAGAGAUCCAUUUAGGUUAGUUCAUCAAAAUAAAAUCCUUAAACAAAUGUAGGUACAAUAAUUUAUUUUAAUUUCUAAAGAAAAUUUUAAAUGAAAUGACAGUUUAUAUUAUAUUAUAUCUAUGGUAUAAGGUGUUAAAAUGGCAUGUAACUGCAAUUAUUCACCAAAAUAAUUUAGUAACUGCUACCCAUUGAAAUUCUGCAUUUGCAGAUACCAUAAAGAGGUGACAGAGGGGAUGCACAGAAAGUGGCUAUUUCUCUCCACUUCCACUCUUCCUGUCCUUGUAAAUAGGGUGGAAAGGGGAAGAGGGAAAAUUGUCAAAUUAUAAUUAGAAACAUAAGUUACAACAAUAU